UGAGAUCACGUGACAGCAUGGAGGCGUCACUGAAAACAUUCAUCCGUUCACUGCCGCGCAGCAAUUUCACAAUAAACAGAUAAGACAGCAGGCGGUUCUGAUCGACUCCGUUCGUGACGUCUCUUUCCUCGCAUGGCUGUGAAAUGAGGGGAACAUGGGGGCCAAAGAGUCGAGGAUAGGAUUCCUGUCGUUUGAAGAUGCUUCUAAGAGAGUUACUGAAGUGGAACUCAAGCGGCUCAAAGAUGCCUUCAAGAGAACCAGUGGCCUUUCCUGCUACAUGACCCAGCAGUGCUUCUACAGGGAAGUUCUGGGAAAUGGCGUUCCCCCCAAAGUUGCAGAGGUGAUCUACACAUCGUUCGGAGGCUCGUCCAAAGGGCUGCACUUCAACAAUCUGACUGUGGGUCUGGUUCUUCUGACAAGAGGACGCGAUGAAGAGAAGGCCAAGUACCUCUUCAGCCUGUUUGCCAAUGAUCUGGGUGGAUAUGCUGCCAGAGAAGACAUCGAGGCCGUUCUGCAGGUCCUGGACGGAGAGGUGCCAGCUACCCUCAGCAAGUGCUUCACUGAGCAGGGUGACAAGGUGAACUAUGAGCGCUUCAGGAGCUGGCUGCUGCAGAACAAGGAGGCCUUCACUCUGUCCCGAUGGCUUCUUUCUGGAGGAGUUUGUGUCACGCUGACAGAUGACAGCGACACACCCACCUUCUACCAGACGCUGGCUGGUGUCACACACUUGGAGGAGUCUGACAUUAUAGAUUUGGAGAAGCGUUACUGGCUGCUGAAAGCUCAGUCAAGAACCGGCCGCUUUGACUUGGAAACCUUUGUCCCGCUGGUCUCUCCUCCAAUCCACGCCUCACUGAGCGAAGGCUUGUUUCAUGCCUUUGAUGAGAAUCGGGACAAUCACAUCGACUUUAAAGAGAUCUCCUGUGGACUCUCUGCCUGCUGUCGGGGCCCCAUCGCUGAAAGACAGAAGUUCUGCUUUAAAGUGUUUGAUGUGGACCGAGAUGGGGUUCUGUCUCGAGAUGAACUGCAUGAAAUGGUGGUGGCCCUGCUGGAGGUGUGGAAGGACAAUCGCACGGACACUCUCCCUGAGCUGAACAGCAGCGUGUCAGACAUAGUUGAGGAGAUCCUCAAGAUGCACAACACCACCGAGCUGGAUCACCUGACCCUGGAGGACUACCAGAUCUGGAGCGUGAAGAGCGCCUUGGCCAAUGAGUUCUUGAACCUGCUCUUCCAGGUCUGCCAUAUAGUUUUGGGGCUCAGGCCUGCUACCCCAGAGGAGGAGGGGCAAAUCAUCAGGGGUUGGUUAGAGAGGGAGAGCAGACAUGGACUGCAGCAGGGCCAGAACUGGUUCCUCAUCUCCACCUUUUGGUGGCAGACAUGGAAGGACUACGCCAAAUAUGAGCAGAAAGGCAUUGUGGUGGAGCAGCCGUCCAUCCUGAGCUCUUUCAGAAGCCCUAUGGCCACAGCCACUGUGCAGCCUGAGAGACCAGGAGGACUGGGAUCCUUUAACCCUGUCAGCCCCUGUGAGGAGAGGUCUCCAGAUGCCGUUUCCAGCGCUUCUGAGGCCACAGAGUCCGCUCUGAGCCCACAGGUAGCUCCCACUGCAACAGAGAGCUGCUUUGCUCGUCAGCAGAACAUGUCGGACAACAACAAUCAGUGUUUUUCUGGAGCCAACGGCCACAUCCCCUCACAGCUGGCAGCACAAAGGCCUGGAGCCAUCGACAACCAGCCGCUGGUCACCACCGAGCCCAUGAAGGCCCCUACAUUAACCAUGGAGGGGGGCAGGCUGAAACGAUGCCUGCAAUUACUGCCUGGUAGAGACUUUGAGACGGUGCCAGAGCCAGUGUGGCGGGCACUGUACCACUGGUACGGCGCCAACAUCAGCCUACCCCGACCAGUAAUUCUGGAGACUAAGACUGGCCUAGCAGAGCUGGAGCUCUAUCCGCGCUACCUCCUCUUCCUCCGCCAGCAGCCAGCCACACGCAGCCCCCAGUCCAACAUUUGGGUCAAUAUGGGUAUGACCAGCCUGAGAAUGUUCCCACCGUAUUUACCCCCACCAAGAGGUAACGUGCCAUCUCCCAAUGCCCCUCUGAAGAGGAUGCUAGCUUACACUGGCUGCUUCAGCCGCAUGGCCACCAUCAAGGACAUCCACCUGUACCUGUCACAGAGGCUGCGCAUCAAGGAGGAGGACAUGAGGCUCUGGCUGUACAACAGUGAGAACUAUCUCACCCUUCUUGAUGAUGAAGACCACACACUGGAAAACCUGAAGAUCUACGAUGAGCAGCAGCUGGUGAUUGAAGUCAGGAACAAAGACAUGAGCUGGCCUGAGGAGAUGUCUUUUAUUGCAAACAGCAGUAAAAUCGACAGACACAAAGUUCCUACAGAAAAAGGAGCCACAGGCCUCAGUAACCUUGGCAACACCUGCUUCAUGAACUCCAGUAUUCAAUGUGUGAGCAACACCAAGCCUCUGACAGACUACUUCAUCUCAGGAAGACACCUCUAUGAGCUCAACAGAACCAACCCAAUUGGGAUGAGAGGUCACAUGGCUAAGUGCUACGGUGACCUGGUGAUGGAGCUGUGGAGUGGGACACAGAAGAAUGUGGCUCCCCUUAAACUCAGGUGGACGAUAGCUAAGUACGCCCCGCGCUUCAACGGCUUCCAGCAGCAGGACUCCCAGGAGCUGCUAGCCUUCCUCCUGGAUGGCCUUCACGAGGAUCUGAACAGAGUCCACGAGAAACCCUACGUGGAGCUGAAGGACAGCGAUGGCCGGCCGGACUGGGAGGUGGCCUCUGAGGCGUGGGAGAACCAUCUGCGGCGGAACCGGUCCAUCAUCGUCGAUCUAUUCCAUGGGCAGCUCAAGUCUCAGGUCAAGUGUAAGACCUGCGGCCACAUCAGUGCUCGCUUUGACCCCUUCAACUUCUUGUCCCUCCCCCUGCCCAUGGACAGCUCCAUGCACCUGGAGAUCACCGUCAUCAAACUGGACGGGUCCACUCCUGUGCGGUACGGCCUGAGAUUGAACAUGGAUGAGAAGUACACAGGGCUGAAGAAGCAGCUGAGCGAGCUGUGCAGCCUGAAGCCUGAGCAGAUCCUCCUGGCCGAGGUUCAUUCAUCCAACAUCAAGAACUUCCCUCAGGACAACCAAAAGGUCCGGCUGUCUGUCAAUGGCUUCCUUUGUGCGUUUGAGGUCCCCGUGCCGGGUUCACCCACUUCUCUGAGCUCGCCCACGCUGACGGACACAACCCCAACAGCCAAUGGGACGGCUGCUAACGGACAUGUGGGGGACAUGGCCAUCCUUAUCCCUAAUGGUGGGCCCAGCACCAUGAUGCCUUCCAGCCCAGAGACCCCCCUGUUCAAUGGGGUUCCCAAUGGACAUAUCAUGCAGGUGCAGGACAGCCCCUUCAUCGGAUACAUCAUUGCGAUGCACAGGAAGAUGAUGCGCACAGAGUUGUACUUCCUUUCAUCUCAAAAGAACCGACCCAGUCUGUUUGGAAUGCCGCUCAUUGUUCCCUGCACCGUCCACACCAGUCGGAAGGACCUGUAUGAUGCGGUCUGGAUCCAAGUGUCCCGGCUGGCCAGCCCACUGCCCCCCCAGGAGGCCAGCAACCACGCUCAGGACUGUGAUGACAGCAUGGGUUACCAGUACCCCUUCACCCUGCGGGUUGUGGGAAAGGAUGGGAACUCCUGUGCCUGGUGUCCCUGGUACAGGUUCUGCAGAGGCUGCACCAUAGAGUGCUCAGAAGACAGAGCGUCGGUGGGAAAUGCUUACAUAGCUGUGGACUGGGACCCUACGGCACUGCACCUCCGCUACCAGACCUCCCAGGAGAGGAUUGUGGAGGAGCACUGCAGCGUGGAGCAGUCCCGCCGAGCCCAGGCCGAGCCCAUCAGCUUGGACAGCUGUCUUAAGGCCUUCACCAGUGAGGAGGAGCUCGGCGAGGAUGAGCUCUACUACUGCUCCAAAUGCAAGACCCACCGGCUGGCCACCAAGAAGCUGGAUCUCUGGAGGCUGCCGCCCAUCCUGAUUGUCCACCUGAAGCGCUUCCAGUUCGUCAACGGUCGCUGGAUUAAGUCGCAGAAGAUUGUUAAGUUCCCACGUGAGAACUUUGAUCCCAGCGCCUUCCUGGCUCCCAGAGACCUGGAGCAGCACUGCCUGCACUCCCGCAGCGAGAGUGAAGACCUGCUGAGGGUCGGAGAAGACAACCUGUCCUCCAUGUCUGCUCCAGCCGGGUUCUGCAACCUCCCCAAAGCCUCCCCCGCCUCCAGCAGGAGGUCGGCCCCUUCUCUCAGUCGGACCAGCAGUCCCUCUGGCAGCCCAAAGACUGGUGGCCGCAGACCAGGCCGGCUACGGCUACCCCAGCUCAGCAGCAAACACCGGCUCUCCAACAGCAAGGAGAAUUUGGACGGAAGUCCAAAUCCAGAAGCCGAGCCCAGAGACGGCGCACAGCAGGCGGACAUGGAGGCGGGGCCGGCAGACGGAGCUUUGCCUGAAUCUGGGGAGCAGGCGGGCUCCGAAUCGUCAUGUGAUACAGAGGCGUCCAGCAGCCACUGUGACGUGAUGCUGGUGAACGGGCUGGGCUCUGACUGCAGCAUAGAGAGCAGCAUGGAGCCCGACGGCCCUCUGCUGCCGCACAGGGACAGCGCAGGCCUGGACGCCAUCUACAACCUCUAUGCAAUAUCAUGCCAUUCAGGAAUCAUGGGAGGCGGCCACUAUGUGACGUAUGCCAAAAACCCCAACAGAAAGUGGUACUGCUACAACGACAGCAGCUGUAAGGAAGUGCACUCUGAGGAAAUCGAUACGGACUCGGCCUACAUCCUGUUCUACGAGCAGCAGGGAGUGGACUACUCCCGGUUCCUGCCAAAGACUGACGGCAAGAAGAUGGCCGACACCAGUAGCAUGGACGAAGACUUUGAGUCCGAUUAUAAGAAGUACUGUGUGCUGCAGUGACCCCUGCUCGUCUUCCAUCAGCCAGCGCUUCCUGCGGCUCCGCCCCUCUGAGCGAGACGCUCCGCACGUUCGAUCCCUCUGGAGCAUCCUCACAAACUGCUGAGUGCUGCAGACGGGACCCUGCUGCUUGCGCGCCUUCAGAGAGCACUUUUGAAACACGAGUUUUUGCAAGAAGGUUUUGCCAAGGCCACAGUGAAGCCCCGCCCCCCCCCCCCCCCCGACAGCACUGCACAGGUGCACUUUGUUGAGCCUUGCAAAACAAGCUCCACCCCUUCUCGUUGUGAAUCUCUCCAUUGCAUACAUGUAACAUGUGCCAGCACGUCUGCGAAUGUACGGCAGUCUGACGCGCCACGCAGUGACGAAGCGGAGGCGCUCCGGGACGAGGAAGAGGCGUUUAAGUUCCCAACGGAAAGCCACAUUUCCAGUGUGUGUGUGCAGGUGUCACAUGUGCUGCCAGGACCAACCCCCCCCGUCUGCGGGGCGUACUGUGACCAGCGUUUUAGGAAUGCUCCUCCAAAAGUUUUAGUCGAGAUAAUUCGAGUCAUCUGCUACCUCAUCGCUUCUCUGCAGUUUCUUCCCCAGGAAAGGCUGGAACAGUGUUAACGUCUAUGAGAGGCAGGACAUUUCAGGCUCCCCGAGCGCCAAAAAGGAACGUUUGCCCCGCUUCCAGGUCAUGCGCAUCCAUCCUGAUGCUGAUGGGAAGAGGAGGCACUUCUGCCAAACACACGUUUGAUUCCAGCUCUGCCAAAUGUCUGUGGCUGUGUGUGCCGUGUGGACCAGCGCGUGGCCAGAACUCAGCGGGGAAGCUUCCUCUGAGAACGGUGCCAUGGUUUCAAACUACACACAUUAAGAUAGCAAAUGUUUUCCCUCUGCAGUUCUGUUGUUUUGUGAGAUUUUUUUUAUUUUUGUAAAAAAAAGAAAAGAAGCAGUCUGUGCUUCAGAAGCUGUCUCAGUGUUGUUGAAGCAGGCUGAUGUGUCUCCUCCCUCACACGCCCUCCCCUGGCUCCGUCCUUCCUCCCUACAUGAUUUUAAAGUGACUUUUAUCGUAUCACGCACCUGUUAACUUGACACACCCUGAAUGUUUCAAUCCAACAAAGUGAGAGCCUCAGAAAAAAGUCCUGUAAAGUCAUAAAAACGGCAUGACUUUAAAAAAAAAAACAGGGCAACAAAAAGGAGGCCUCAGGUGUCAUGGAUGGUAGCUGCAGAACCCCCUGACCCCUGACCCUAGAAAUGAACCAGUUUGAAGCCAGACUUGGCACAUUUUCCUGCCCUGGCGUUGAAGUGUCCAUAAAGGAGCAGACCCAGCGUCACGGGCCGCACGCAGGACAAAGUCCACUGCUAAACCAUUUCAAUUGACUGCCAGCCCAAAGGCCAGAAUGCAUUUCAGCAUCUGUAGGGUCCAUUCGUUCUCCAUAAAGAUCCCAUUCGUUGAGAUUGUUUUUAGGUGCAUCUCGGUUGAUGCAGGACUUGGCUCUGUUUCUAAAGCAUCUCUACAUUUGCUUGUUCUCUGCUUGAGUUGGGCUCCCCCCUGAGGUCCCAUUGCUUCCUAACUCACUCCUCCCACCUGCCAACAGCAGCGUUGCUGUGAGGAGGAAAGAAAUCUGUGACUAAAGAAACUUUCUUUAGGCUGAUCCAUUUGUUGAACAAAUGAGUGGUUUUUCUGCCCAGCUCUCCGUCUUCUUCCUGCAGGUCUGAGCUGCAGAGCCGUUCGUGUCGUCUUUAGAAGUCAGAGGAGGAUUUGUCUCUACAGAACUUCUUUUAAAACAUUGGCUGCAGUUAAAGGUGCAAUACAUGAUGACUUUUGUAUGUGACUGACCCAGUGCAAGUCCAUGAUCUGCAGCUCCGCGCUACUGACCCCGCCCCUCCCUCAAAGCCCCGCCCCUGAAAAACAAGUGGACAGGCAGUGCAAUCUACUACUGAGCUGACUGUCAGUGUUUGUAGCCUCUUCUUAUUUAAGUUCAUUAAUGUUGGAUCUUAACCUGAUGUGUUAAUUUAAAGAAGAUUUUUGUAAGUUGUUUGUUGACAGAAAGUGACAUUGCACUGACAUGAAAACAUGUACAUAAAUGUGUUCUGUAAAUAAGCCAACGAAAACUAUGUAUUUGAAUACAAAGUGUACAAAUACUGUAAUUGUAGUUGUAUAUGGAGUGAUAUUGUUGAUCUGUAACAAAAUACCCAAGCAACAAAUUAAAAUCUGCAGAGGAAACAGAGA